UUGAAUAUGUUCUUUGAAAAAAGAAGAAAGAAAAAAAGAAAAAUAGUUUACAGAUUUUUCUCAGAGAAGGGGAAGAGAUUGUCAUCUCGUGGUCACCUCAAUUCAUAUCCGCACAGCUUUCUCUCUCUCUCUCUCUAAAACCACGAAGAAUUGUAAAAUGAUAAGCAAAGCACACACAGGGACACAGAGAUAAGAAUGGCGAUUCAGCCGCUAAUUCCGGCUUCAACUUUUUCCUCUUGCUGCUACAAUAACCCUACUCUCUUCUGUACCAACAGCAAUGGCGUCGGUUUUUAUAAAUUCACCUCCUCCCUUCACUCCCAUCAUGGCUCUGUGCCUAAAACUAACCAAUCACUUCCCAGGCUCUGUUAUCUGCCGACCCAUUUCUCUAAAUCAGGCAAUGGAUGUUCAUGGAUUCAACAUAACUCCUUGUGUCACAGUGUUGCUGCCUCUGAUGGAUGUUAUAGAGGCCCCAUUUGUUAUGCAUUACCCACAAAGCCGGCAGAAAUUUCCACUGUGGAGGAUCUUUUUGAUUUUAUUUGCUCAGGUCCACUGAUAGAAAAGAUGGGUCUGAGCUCACAAAACGUGGUUGACUCAAUAGAUAAAUGGUUAGCUUAUGGCUCUUAUCUUUGUCGAUUGUUCAAGUUUAACGAAAUGGAGCUCACAAUUCCUCAGAAAGCAAGAUUUUAUCAUUACUAUAUACCUGUUUUUCUUUGGUGUGAAGAUCAAAUAUCUCAGCACUAUUCCAUGUUUAAAGAAGGAGAAGAAAUACCUCCCUUAGUGAUAGGAUUUAGUGCUCCACAAGGUUGUGGAAAGACGACUCUCGUGUAUGCUCUCAAUUAUCUUUUCGAAGUAACAGGCAGGAAGUCUGCUAUGUUAUCCAUCGACGACUUCUACCUGACAGCUGAAGGGCAGGCACAACUGAGGGAAAGCAAUCCUGGCAAUGCGCUUCUGGAGUUUCGUGGAAAUGCUGGAAGUCACGAUCUUGGACUGUCGGUUGAAACACUCACAGCUCUAUCCAAGUUGACCAAGGAAGAUGAAGGUUUGAAGAUGAAGAUCCCAAGAUAUGAUAAAUCUGCAUUCAAUGGAAGAGGUGACAGAGCUGAUCCUUCUACUUGGCCAGAGGUUGAAGGGCCAUUGACCGUCGUCCUGUUCGAAGGUUGGAUGCUCGGCUUCAAACCGCUCCCAACGGAAGCUGUCACAGUAGUUGAUCCACAGCUUGAGACAGUUAACAACAACAUGAAAGCGUACUAUGAUGCGUGGGAUAAGUUCAUAAAGGCGUGGAUCGUGAUCAAGAUAAACGACCCCAGUUGCGUUUACCAUUGGCGUCUGCAGGCAGAGAUUGCAAUGAGGGAAGCAGGAAAACCCGGGAUGAGCGACGAAGAGGUUAGAGAUUUUGUUUCACGUUAUCUACCGGCGUAUAGGGCUUAUCUUCCCACGCUGUACUCAGAAGGGCCAAGUGGAUCAGAUCCAAAGCGCCUGCUUGUGGUUGAAAUUGAUGAGCAAAGGAACCCAAUUCUUGGUUAUUAGGUGGAGACAUGAACAUAAAAAGGUGCUUUCCACAGCUUUCAUAUGCUCUUUUUGACCACCUUUUACACCCUAUAUAGUACAUAUGUUCAAUAGUGAAUUCUUUUAUGAACAGCACUUACCUGCCUAAGUAAGAGCUAUUACUUAUUCCUUCCUUUGUAUUUAUCUACGUUGUAUUUAAUAUAUGAGUGGAUUUCACUAAUAUAGUUGAAUCAUUAAACACGAACUAAAUUGGAGAAUAAGCCAACCAGAACAUAGCUCAGCGGGGUAAGACACAUGUAUUCAAUCUAGAAGUCGAGAGUUUGAAUUUCCA